CGACCGCGUUCGAAUACUAAAGGUGGUUGCCGCUCUGCCAGGCGCGUUGCGUUUCGGGGCGGUGUAUACUCGUAUGCUCCUGUGAUAGACUGUGUAUUGACUUCAAGGACUCAGUAGUGCAGUAGUGUUCAUCAAGUGCAGUGAUGAGGCCACCAUCUGAAUACGAAGGUGCCAGGAUGCCCGCGGAAGCGGAGGAGGGAGACCCUAGGGCUCCUGCUAUGAUGAUCUGCGCCCGCCUGGCUGGUAGAGCCAUCAUCAGAGUCGUCGGACGUUGUGAGGAUGCCCAGGAAAACAGUCAACUAGAUUUAUCAGAAUGCCAGCUGAUGCAAGUACCAGAUGCAGUAUACCAUUUGAUGCGACACACGGAACUGAAGAGUUGUGACCUGAGUGGAAAUGUCAUCACUAAGAUACCACCUAAGUUUACUGUUAAAUUUAGCUUAAUCACAGAUUUAAAUCUUGCAAAUAACCAAAUGGCAAGGUUACCAGAUGAGCUCUGUACGCUGGCCUGUCUAGAGCGGCUGGACAUCUCGCACAACAGCUUUGUGUCCCUGCCACAGAUUGCCUGCCAGUGCCCCAGUCUGCACACACUGCUGGCACAUCACAAUCAAAUCAUUGAAGUGGAUGUCGACAGAUUAGCUAGAUCAAGAGCUCUUGAAUAUGUAGACCUCAGUGAUAACCCCAUACCUCCAAGAGUGCAAGCAGAACUGAAGCAGCUUUCACGACCUUCAGUGUCAAUAUCGGAACGAGAAAAAGAAGAUUGGGAAGAAGAUCUCUUGAUAUAACUGAUUAUGGACAGUUUGUGCAGUGAUUGUGAAGGACUGGAUAUGUAUUGUACUAAAUAAAUGUGACUAUCCAUUGCAUAACACAUGUAUCAAAACAUAUUGUUAUUCUCACACACUUU